AUGAGGCCCAUAAGUCUAAGUAAUUUUAUUAACAAAGUGAUCUCUAGAGUGGUGCAAAAUAAGCUUGAAAAUGUUUUUCCUUCUUUGAUAUCUGCUAAUCAGUCUGGUUUUGUAAAGGGAAGAUGUAUCAUUGAGAAUGUACUGUUAACUCAAGAGGUGGUAUCAGAUAUAAGACUUAGGGGAAAACCAGCUAAUGUGGUGCUUAAACUGGAUAUGGCUAAGGCCUAUGAUAGAGUGUCCUGGGAUUUUUUGGCAAGAGUUCUGAGGAAGAUGGGAUUUGCAGAAGUAUUUAUAGAUAUGAUAUGGAGAUUGAUAGCAAACAAUUGGUACUCAGUUCUAUUCAAUGGACAGGCUUCUGGUUUUUUCCACUCAACAAGAGGUGUUAAGCAAGGAGAUCCACUUUCUCCUGCUUUGUUUAUUUUGUUUGCAGAAGUGCUGUCUAGAGCAUUGAACUCUUUAUUUGAGGACAAUGGCUUUAGAAGCUAUGGAAUGCCUAAAUGGAGUGCUAAUUUGAAUCAUCUUGCUUAUGCAGAUGAUACUAUUACUUAA